AUGAUGAGACUUCUACUGCCAUUUCAUAUCAUCGCGUGCACCCUUACCAGCGCGGGUUGGUAUGUAGCGGCCAGCCCCGAGGGCACAGAUCCUGAGGAGCUGCCCGUUCUCGCUCCCGGGUCGGUGCCGGAGGCCGGCUCAAUUUAUGGGGAUGAUGGCGAUUCCCCCGUACCAUCAGGGGGCGUCGUCGUCGACGCAGAGUUUCACCCGCCGUCGAAGGAACGACGUAUUGACGAAGAUGAGGCUGGUGAGCUUUCAGAUGUGAACACACAUGAAGCUCGUUUCGGAUCAGUAUCCUCUGAUCCAUCCGUUACUGGAGAAGAAAGCAAUUUCUCUCUGCCAACAGAGAAUGCUCAAGAACUAGGCGCGUUUCAUUCAGAGUUCACUGAAAGCAAUGAUCUCGAUCGGGGAGCGCUGUUGCCACAACGACGCGAGACUGUCGGCGCUGCUCCCAUCAGCGAGACGCCAAACCUGCAGCACAGUGGCAAGGGUGACACGGUUUCCUUGCUGCCUGAAGAGAGUUUGGGCGCGGCCACCUCUCACGACCUGUCGGCUGACGACAUUGACGCAAAUCAUAAAGUGCCGGCAACUCGAUUUAGUGAGACCGUGACUGAAACGUCACCCGCCCCGCUGACGACCGACGAGUCUGCCAGCAGGGGUGCUGGCAAUUCAUCGUUAUUUCCUGAGAAGUUUGAGACUACUGAAUUGGUUCCAGAGUGGCUCACUGAGCAGCACGAGGACGGUCCCGGCAGCAAAGCCUCACCGCCACUGGAAGAUAUUCUGAGCUCUUCGGCAGUUCAUGCACUGCCGACUGUAGCCUCUGACAGCGGUGAUGGCAUUUCUGCCUCACUACUGAAGGAGAAUUCCGGUAGAGACACCGACACUCUGUGGCAUCGUGACCCUCCCGAUGAUGGUUCGCCAACCUUGAUAUCGUUGACAGGCGCACCGCCGCAUGUAGACCCUGACGACAAUCACGACAAGCCCCACGCACGCCUAACGAAGACAGAGGGUCGGCUACCGUCCGCUGACGUGCUGGCUCCUACCCACCACCAUGCGACACACACACAUCUACAACGCAACACCGACGACACGGACGGACACCUUGCCGGGUUGCCGUCGGAGCAGCUAGAGACUCUGGAACGGGCCAACGACUUGUUGAGUGGGGCGGAAGAGCGUGACCUUCCGCUUCUGCAUGCUGACCACGAACACCAUAUUGCGGCACCCCACCAGCCGGAGGUGGAGAGUCGGGAGCCCUCCGACGAGAUGAUGACCACUUCACAUCAUCAUGAACCGCCACGUUCGCAUGCUGACCUCGAGCCGCAUACUGCGGCAUCGCACCAGUCGGAGCUGAAGAGUCAGGAACCCGGGACGGACUUGCUACCUCCUUCACAUCAUCAUCUCCCGCUGCAAAGAAGCACCGACAACGUGGACGGGCGCCUUGCCGGGUUGCCGUCGGAGCAGCUAGAGACUCUGGAACGGGCCAACGACUUGUUGAGUGGGGCGGAAGAGCGUGACCUUCUGCGUUUGCAUGCUGACCACGAACACCAUAUUGCGGCAUCGCACCAGCCGGAGGUGGAGAGUCGGGAGCCCUCCGACGAGAUGAUGACCACGUCACAUCAUCAUGAACCGCCGCGUUCGCAUGCUGACCACGAGCCGCAUACUGCGGCAUCGCACCAGUCGGAGCUGAAGAGUCAGGAACCCGGGACGGACUUGCUACCUCCUUCGCACCAUCAUCUCCCGCUGCAAGGAAGCACCGACAAAGUGGACGGGCACCUUGGCGGGUUGCCGUCGGAGCAGCUAGAGACUCUGGAACGAGCCAACAACCUGUUGAGUGGGGCGGAAGAGCGUGACCUUCUGCGUCUGCAUGCUGACCACGAACACCAUAUUGCGGCAUCGCACCAGCCGGAGGUGGAGAGUCGGGAGCCCUCCGACGAGAUGAUGACCACUUCACAUCAUCAUGAACCGCCGCGUUCGCAUGCUGACCACGAGCCGCAUACUGCGGCAUCGCAUCAGUCGGAGCUGAAGAGUCAGGAACCCGGGACGGACUUGCUACAUCCUUCUCACCAUCAUCUCCCGCUGCAAGGAAGCACCGACAACGUGGACGGGCGCCUUGCCGGGUUGCCGUCGGAGCAGCUAGAGACUCUGGAACGGGCCAACGACUUGUUGAGUGGGGCGGAAGAGCGUGACCUUCUGCGUCUGCAUGCUGACCACGAACACCAUAUUGCGGCAUCGCACCAGCCGGAGGUGGAGAGUCGGGAGCCCUCCGACGAGAUGAUGACCACGUCACAUCAUCAUGAACCGCCGCGUUCGCAUGCUGACCACGAGCCGCAUACUGCGGCAUCGCACCAGUCGGAGCUGAAGAGUCAGGAACCCGGGACGGACUUGCUACCUCCUUCGCACCAUCAUCUCCCGCUGCAAGGAAGCACCGACAACGUGGACGGGCGCCUUGGCGGGUUGCCGUCGGAGCAGCUAGAGACUCUGGAACGGGCCAACGACUUGUUGAGUGGGGCGGAAGAGCGUGACCUUCUGCGUCUGCAUGCUGACCACGAACACCAUAUUGCGGCAUCGCACCAGCCGGAGGUGGAGAGUCGGGAGCCCUCCGACGAGAUGAUGACCACUUCACAUCAUCAUGAACCUCCGCGUUCGCAUGCUGACCACGAGCCGCAUACUGCGGCAUCGCACCAGUCGGAGCUGAAGAGUCAGGAACCCGGGACGGACUUGCUACCUCCUUCCCACCAUCAUCUCCCGCUGCAAGGAAGCACCGACAACGUGGACGGGCGCCUUGCCGGGUUGCCGUCGGAGCAGCUAGAGACUCUGGAACGAGCCAACGACUUGUUGAGUGGGGCGGAAGAGCGUGACCUUCUGCGUCUGCAUGCUGACCACGAACACCAUAUUGCGGCAUCGCACCAGCCGGAGGUGGAGACUCGGGAGCCCUCCGCCGAGAUGAUGACCACGUCACAUCAUCAUGAACCGCCGCGUUCGCAUGCUGACCACGAGCCGCAUACUGCGGCAUCGCACCAGUCGGAGCUGAAGAGUCAGGAACCCGGGACGGACUUGCUACAUCCUUCUCACCAUCAUCUCCCGCUGCAAGGAAGCACCGACAACGUGGACGGGCGCCUUGCCGGGUUGCCGUCGGAGCAGCUAGAGACUCUGGAACGGGCCAACGACUUGUUGAGUGGGGCGGAAGAGCGUGACCUUCUGCGUCUGCAUGCUGACCACGAACACCAUAUUGCGGCAUCGCACCAGCCGGAGGUGGAGAGUCGGGAGCCCUCCGACGAGAUGAUGACCACGUCACAUCAUCAUGAACCGCCGCGUUCGCAUGCUGACCACGAGCCGCAUACUGCGGCAUCGCACCAGUCGGAGCUGAAGAGUCAGGAACCCGGGACGGACUUGCUACCUCCUUCGCACCAUCAUCUCCCGCUGCAAGGAAGCACCGACAACGUGGACGGGCGCCUUGGCGGGUUGCCGUCGGAGCAGCUAGAGACUCUGGAACGGGCCAACGACUUGUUGAGUGGGGCGGAAGAGCGUGACCUUCUGCGUCUGCAUGCUGACCACGAACACCAUAUUGCGGCAUCGCACCAGCCGGAGGUGGAGAGUCGGGAGCCCUCCGACGAGAUGAUGACCACUUCACAUCAUCAUGAACCUCCGCGUUCGCAUGCUGACCACGAGCCGCAUACUGCGGCAUCGCACCAGUCGGAGCUGAAGAGUCAGGAACCCGGGACGGACUUGCUACCUCCUUCCCACCAUCAUCUCCCGCUGCAAGGAAGCACCGACAACGUGGACGGGCGCCUUGCCGGGUUGCCGUCGGAGCAGCUAGAGACUCUGGAACGAGCCAACGACUUGUUGAGUGGGGCGGAAGAGCGUGACCUUCUGCGUCUGCAUGCUGACCACGAACACCAUAUUGCGGCAUCGCACCAGCCGGAGGUGGAGACUCGGGAGCCCUCCGCCGAGAUGAUGACCACGUCACAUCAUCAUGAACCGCCGCGUUCGCAUGCUGACCACGAGCCGCAUACUGCGGCAUCGCACCAGUCGGAGCUGAAGAGUCAGGAACCCGGGACGGACUUGCUACCUCCUUCGCACCAUCAUCUCCCGCUGCAAGGAAGCACCGACAACGUGGACGGGCGCCUUGCCGGGUUGCCGUCGGAGCAGCUAGAGACUCUGGAACGGGCCAACGACUUGUUGAGUGGGGCGGAAGAGCGUGACCUUCUGCGUCUGCAUGCUGACCACGAACACCAUAUUGCGGCAUCGCACCAGCCGGAGGUGGAGAGUCGGGAGCCCUCCGACGAGUUGUUGAAUCGUUCACUCGAUCAUGAUGACCUGGUUGCUAUGGCAUCGAUGGAGGGUAAAGGCGGCGGGGUGAGGGGCUCAGUACGAGCUAAACAUCUGCCUGGAAAUGCGGUCAAGCCAGACCUACGCUUCGAGCCUCCCGCAGCUGGACCUGUUGCCGGCGAGGCGUCGACACAGCACUUCAUUAAUCAGGAGGGGCACAGUCCUCUUUCAGCAUCUGAUGAGGCUGCAGACUAUGGUGUGCCCUGUUCGCACAAAGGUGUGAGGUCAAACGCUCCCACCCUAGGGGAGCCUUUAUCUCCAGUCUCAUCCGUUCAGUGCGUGCAGGAGUGUGGCACUCUUGACAAGUGUACUCACUUCACGUACAGCCUGCCAUCUCAAACUUGUUUCCUGAAGGCCUCCAAGCCUGUUCUUCACGAAUCUGAUGGAAAUGUGACGGUUCUGAGGAGCUGUGAUACUAGUUGCUUUGAGAACGGGGUGUCAUACGAAGAUGCGCCUGAUGCUGCGCCCCCCGUGGACGCAGCCACCGGAAUCGAUUGCCUUUCUGCGUGUAUUGCAGAACCCAAAUGCAAGGUUUUUACCUUCAUCGAGUCGAAGGGUAAAUGCUUGUUGAAAGGAGCUGAGUUUUCGUUGCACAGAAGAACUGGUAUGGAGGGUUCGUUGUCGGGGCCGGCAGAGUUUUGCGACCAAGGCGGGAACCUGGACACGCUGGAACGCGAGGACAAAGAGACUCAUUGCAUUCGUGCGGAUAUUGGCUCUUUGAGUGAUGAUAUUGCUCCGAAAGUGCGGCUGCCCACAAUCGCAGCAUGCGCAGAACACUGUAGAACUACACUGGACUGUACACACUAUACAUACAACGUUGAAACGACUUUCUGCUAUCUAAAGGGUGGCCGGUUGAAUUUGUAUGCACGCGCGGGUGACAGGACGGGAGCCAGGACUUGUGACAUGCACUGCGUGGAAGCAGGGGUGACGUACGACGAGGGAGAAGAGGCGGCGGCGGCGAUGCAAACUGAUACCGCAUCAGACUGCCAGGUGAUCUGUGCUGCGGAAUUCAUGUGCAAAGCGUUCUAUUGGACUGGGGAGGACCGGAUGUGUCAUCUUAUGAAACGCAAUUUUGCGAAUUCUAAGAAAACCGGCGUGCGUGGAGCAGUUGCCGGACCGCACUUGUUUUGUGACGCAAGAAUCACACUGGCACAAGUCGAGGAGCGAGAUAAAGAUUAUGGAUGCAUCCGUUACGGUGGCGUUGGUUCGGCGGCGGAGCCCGUCGCCCCGGAGGUGAAGGUCUUUGAUGCCGAAGAAUGUAUGGUGCAGUGCCAGGCGCGCAGCGACUGCACACACUUCACGUUCGACACCGCGACAAACAUCUGUGCUUUGAAAGGCGGAGCACCGCAGUUUCGCAAUUAUGACGGCCAUGUUACCGGCCCCAGGACAUGCAAUUCCAGUUGCUACGUUAAGGAGGUUUCUUAUAUAGGAGGAGCAGCUGCGCUCGCGCCUGUGGAAGCAGAGUUUCCCACCGACUGCCAGGCGAUUUGUGCAUCAGAAACAGCAUGCCAAGUGUUCACGUGGGACAACUCAGAAAAGAAAUGCUACUUCAUCGGUCCGGGCUUUUCAAGGUUCAAGAAAGAAGGAAUGAAAAACGCAGUUUCAGGGCCAGGCGUCUUGUGCGGUGCAGGGGGUGACCUCCGUGAGCUGGAGAGGCUUGACAAGGACUGCGGAUGCGUUUCCACGGGUGAAUUUGGGUCGACCGCUGAUAACAUGGAAGAUGCAAAGGUCGCGGACUCUGUCCAUUCCUGUAUGCAGCGGUGCCAAGGCAUGGAAAAGUGUACUCAUUUCACUUUCAAUGUGGUAUCAAGGUUAUGUUACCUAAAACAAGACAAGAUGGAGCUAAUUCCCCACAGUGGACUCAGAACGGGACCAAGAUCCUGCGACAGCAGCUGCUUCUGGAACGGGGUUGCCUAUGGCACUCAGUUGUUGGUUCAGAGUCCUUCCCAGACCCGGACACCGAACGACUGUCAAGCGUUGUGCGCGUCCGAUCCUCUGUGUAAGGUAUUCUUUUGGUUAGCAUCGACGGAGAAGUGUUACCUGAAGGGCAUUGGCUUCUCCAGAUCCAAGAGAACAGACGUCGAUGGAGCCAUCGCCGGUCCGCGUGAUUUCUGCGAUUUUGACACGAGCUUGCGCGAGCUAGAAGAAGCGGAUGCUUCUGCGUCAGUCGACUGCAUCCAAGAAGAGCGCGUUUUACCUAAUUCGCCUGAUUAUCGCCCGCAACUGGCUUGCAUUCAUUCAGGUGAUGUUGGAUCGAAGACACCAACCAUCGGGAGCGUGCAAAACGCUGAAUCUGUGGAAGAGUGCCAGAACAGAUGCCAGCAGACGAAAGGGUGCAUCCAUUUCACUUACAAUAGCCAUUCAGAGUCAUGCCAUCUCAAAGCAACACGACCACAGCUUUAUAAGCAUGGUGGUGAUUUGACCGGUUCAAGAACGUGCGACACACGAUGCCUGAAGAAGGGCAUUGACUAUCGAGGCGCCCCUGAAGUUGCUGAAGCCUUCUUUACCACACUGGCGAGCGAUUGUCAGGUUGCGUGCGCAGCCGAGCCCAAAUGUAAAGUGUUCUCGUUCUAUCUAGUGACAUCAAUGUGUCGUUUGAGAGGCUCAGGGUUUUCGCGAUACCGCGUCGAAGACGCGCCGUAUGUCAUCUCAGGACCGAAAGAAUUUUGUGAUGAAGGUGGGAACCUAAAGGAACUUGAAGAGGAAGACGCAUCUCCUAAGAACCCGUCGGAGCACAGGUCUGCGUAG